GGAGUCACGCGCUGGCAUGUUGUGACAGAUCACACAUUUACAAGGGAUUCAUCCCAUUCUGAAAAUGCCUCAACAGCAAACAACAGAGUUAACUGGAAUCUAAUGUCACGGCCAAAGCAGCCUGAGAGAGACCUGAAACUCCAACUCCUCCCUCUGUGGACAGUUUCUUACUGUGCCAUGGAACAGGAGUGACAGACAGAAGAUGGCAAUGAGACUUCUGGGAACAACCGUUGCUUUGCUCUUCCUUGGCCAUUGUGGGUUUCUGAAGGCAGCAAUAAUAUCAUGCAGAAAUGAGGAAGGCAGAGCUGUGGAUUGGUUUAUAUUUUACAAGCUACCUAAAACGCAAGACAAGGAAGAUAGAAAGACAGGUUUAGAAUACCUGUACCUGGACUCUACAACUAAAAGCUGGAGGAGAAGUAAGCAAUUGAUGAAUACUACCAUGAGUGUUUUGGGACGAACGCUGCAACAGCUAUAUGAAGCAUAUGCCUCUGAGAGUAACCAUACGGCCUAUCUAAUAUAUAAUGAUGGCAUCCCUAAAUCUAUGAAUUACAGCAGAAAGUACGGACACUCCAAAGGUUUACUGCUGUGGAACAGAGUCCAGGGAUUCUGGCUGAUUCAUUCUAUUCCUCGGUUUCCUCCCAUUCCGGAAGAAGGCUAUGCUUAUCCACCCUCGGGGAAACGAAAUGGACAAAGCGGCAUCUGCAUCACUUUCAAGCACCACCAGUAUGAAACCAUAGCUUCUCAGCUUCUGAUCUACAACCCAAACAUCUAUAGCUGCUCCAUCCCAGCUGCCUUUCUUCAGGAGUUCAUCCACAUGUCCCAGCUUUGCAAGACGUCCAGCUCCUCCGAGAUCCCUGUCCAACACCUGGCCACACUUCAGUCAGCCCAGGGACACAAUUUUCUCCAUUUUGCAAAGUCUGAUUCUUUUCUUGAUGACAUCUUUGCAGGCUGGAUGGCUCAACAUUUGAAGACACACUUGCUAACAGAAACCUGGCAGCGAAAAAGACAAGAGCUUCCCUCAAACUGCUCCCUUCCUUACCAUGUCUACAACAUCAAAGCAAUUAAGAUAUCACAGCAAUCUUACUUCAGUUCUUAUCAGGAUCAUGCCAAAUGGUGUGUUUCCCAAAAAAGCACAAGAAAACACUGGACAUGUAUCGGAGACCUUAACCGGAGCCCACACCAGGCCCUCCGAAGUGGAGGAUUCAUUUGUACCCAGAAUCAACAUAUUUAUAAAGCAUUUCAAGGACUAGUUUUGUAUCAUGAGAACUGUAACUAAAAGCAUAUUAUCAUUGCAAACACUGAUAUUAGGUCAUCUUCCAUUGGACUCAUUCUUUAUGUACUACAAGCAAUAAUCCACAAGUCAUCAAAUAAAACAAAUUUAUUCUGCUUUU